UUUCACACAAGGCUUUAUAAAUACAGAGAAUGAGCAUAUGUAUGCAUAAGCAACCAUUACUUGGAAUUUGUAAAGCCUGUAAGAUGGGGAGAAUUGUGUUUAUGUGUAUGUUGGCCCUCACUGGACUCCUGUUGCUCCUUUCUUCUGCAAUCCAAGGAGGAGAAGUUGGAAUUGGCUACCAACAAUCUCCCAUCGAUAUAAAAACUGCAUAUGUUCAAAGCAAUCAAACUCUUGGGGAUUUGAAGAAGAAAUAUUCACCUUCAAAAGCUGCAAUGAUUAAUAAAGGCUAUGAAAUUCAGGUAGUGUGGUCUGAAUACGCAGGCAGUCUUGAAAUAGGUGGUGUGAAGUACAGAUUAAAUCAGAGCCAUUGGCAUCACCCAGCAGAACACACCAUAAAUGGCAAACGGUUUCCUCUAGAGUUGCACAUGGUCCACAUAUCACAUGACAACAAGAUUGCAGUUAUUGGUAUCCUCUAUAAGUUUGGAGCUCCUGAUUUCUUCCUCACAAAGCUUAAGGAGGCUAUUGACAAAAUUGACAAUGUCAAAGAGGUAGAUUUGAAUGUUGUAGAUCCGAACAUAAUUGAGAUUAAAAGAGACGCGACAUAUUAUCGAUACAUUGGAUCUCUCACCACUGAUCCAUUCACAGAAGGAGUCACCUGGACUGUAAUGAAAAAAGUGAGGACUAUUACCCCCAAGCAAGCAGAUAGUUUGCGGAAGGCAUUACAUGGGAAAAACAAUUCAAGAGAGGUCCAACCAUUAUAUGGCAGAUUUGUUCAAGUGUAUCAAGGGAAGGACAUAUCAAAAAAGGAGACCAGCCUAUUGUGGUCAUCUUAGAAGUAUUUGAUGGUAUUGUCUAAGCUUGUUAGGUUAACAAUAAAUAAAUAAUUUGUAAGGUUUGUAAUUAAGGGCUGACAACAGGUAAUUACCAUGACAAGUGACAGAUAUAUUUAUAUUAUAACGUCUUUGACUUAUAUUA